AUGGUAAGAAAAGGAGAACAUGCUGAUGAAGAGGUUGCUUCAGAAAAUUCGAAUAAGAGAAAUAAAGGAAUUUCUAGAAAAAUUCUUAGAUACUUUCCUAUCAUACCAAGAUUACAACGAUUGUUUAUGACAAAACGUACCGCUGAAGAUAUGAGAUGGCACAAAAAUAAGAAAGUCGAUGAUGGAGUUUUACGACAUCCAGCUGACUCCUUGGCAUGGAAAAAAUUUGAUGAAAAAUAUCCAAGUUUUGCUUCAGAUCCACAUAAUGUAAGGCUUGGGCUUGCUUCAGAUGGCUUUAAUCCUUUUGGUUCAAUGAGUAAUGCUUAUAGUAUGUGGCCGGUAGUGUUGAUCCUAUAUAAUCUUCCCCCAUGGCUAUGCAUGAAAGAAUCAAAUCUUUUGUUGUCUUUGCUUAUUCCUGGACCAAAAGGCCCUGGUAUGGAUAUUGAUGUGUAUCUCCACCUCUUGGUAGAUGAUUUGAAAACCUUAUCGGAGAGUGGAAUUGAGACUUAUGAUGCUUUUAUGAAACAAAAUUUUUUCUUGCGUGCUUCUUUGUUGUGGACAAUUAAUGACUUUUCAGCUUAUGGUAUUUUGUCCGGUUGGAGCACUAAAGGUAAAUUAGCUUGUCCGGUUUGUCAUAUACAUACUUGUUCCAUUUACUUGAAAUACGAUCGCAAGCAAUGCUAUAUGGGUCAUCGUAGGUUCUUGGAAAUGAAUCAUCCCUAUCGUCGAAAUAAAAGUUCUUUUGAUAACACAAAGGAAGAAAGACUUGCACCACAAGCUUUGAGUGGAGAUGAUGUGCUUGCACAACUUAACACAUCCUCACAAAUGUUAGUUGACAACAGCACAAGAAAAAGAAAACGAGAUGCAAUAAGAUAUGACAAUUGGAAGAAAAGAAGUGUAUUCUUUGAAAUCCCAUAUUGGAGGACUUUAUUGUUGAGACAUAAUUUGGAUGUGAUGCAUAUAGAAAAAAACAUCAGUGAAAGUGUGAUAGGAACGUUAUUAGAUAUUGAAGGAAAAACAAAGGACACGUUAAAAUCUCGAUUGGACGUACAAGAGAUGAAAAUAAAAAAACCCCUCCAUCCAAUAAAAAGUGGUAAUAAGUACAUACUUCCUCCAGCAAGCUAUACAAUGUCUAAAACUGAGAAGAUUCAAUUUUGUCAGCUCAUUAAAGAAGUCAAGUUUCCUGAUGCUUAUGCUUCUAACAUUAGUCGUUGUGUCAAUGUUAAGGAAGCAAGAAUUUUCGGACUUAAAAGGAUUUUGCCAAAGGAUGCAUAUGAUCCAUUAGUUGAACUGUCAUUAUUGUUUAGCGAUUUGUGCGCUAAAGAGUUUUAUGUGGAGAAGUUAGAUCAACUAGAUAAAAGUAUACGGGUGACAAUUUGUAAAUUAGAACGUGUGUUUUCGCCAACGUUCUUUGAUGUUAUGGUUCAUUUGGUAAUUCAUUUGGAAGUGGAGGCAAAGUUGGAUGGUCCCGUUCAAUUUCGAUGGAUGUAUUACAUUGAAAGAUUUUUGCGCACCUUGAAAGGUUAUGUACGAAAUAAAGCUCGCCCGGAAGGAUCAACUGCCGAGGGAUAUCUUGCUGAGGAGUGCAUGACAUUCUGUUCCAAAUAUUUGACUGAUAUGGAGACAAAGCAAAAUCGUCCGGAUAAAAAUUUUGAUUCUUCUAAUAUCGAACCAAAUGGCUUAUCUGUGGUACAGUUAAAAGAAAAUGGUGAUGGCCGAAUUACCAGUGGAUUACUAGCUUUGGCAAGACGUCCAGAUCCUCGUGCUUAUUGCCAUAAUGGAUAUAUCAUGAAUGGGUUUAGGUUUCGAACAAUGAAAUCUGAGCUAGGUUUGAAAACUCAAAAUAGUGGUGUAGUUGUGAAAAGUGAUGAACAUACAGGAAAUGUUGAUUAUUAUGAAAAGAUAAGAAAGAUUUUAGAGAUCCAAUAUUUGGAUAAUAAUUCAAUCAUAUUAUUCCAGUGUGACUGGUUUGACGUUCCUACUCAAGAUCGUAGUCAAUGUAGAGGUUAUAAAAGGGAUGAAUAUGGAUUCAUAUGUGUAGCUGUGACACGACUCUAUUAUACAAAUGAUCCAUUCAUUUUAGGCUCACAAGCACAAUCUGUGUAUUAUGUUAAACACGAUCAAAAUGAGAAUUGGCAUGCUGCGGUAAGAGUAAGACCACGGAAUUCGUUUGAUUUACCCGAACAAGAAGAUGAAACGGAGCCGUAUCAACUGAUUGAUUUGGUUGAAAGAGGAAAAGUAGAUCUUCAAACAGAGUCCGACAAUGAUGUUAUUAAAAUACAAAGAGAAGACAUUGAUGGAGUGAGUGUAGAUGCACCUUCUCUAAGUAAUGAGGAAGAAGUACACUUAGAAGCUUUUGAUGAAUCUGAUCAUGAAAAUGGAGAUGACUUCAGUGCAGAUGAAGAAUAUCUUUCUGAUGAGUUUGAUGAAAUUGAGGAUGAUGACUGGUUGUAA